CCUACGGCCCGCGGGCGGCCGUUGGUCCCUGAGGCGGGGGCGGCGGGCCCGGUCCCCGCUCCGAUGCGAGCUUUUGUCCCGGGCAGCGGAUUUUCUAUUUUGUACAUACAUUGUUUUGUAUAUACUGUAUAUGAUGACUUCGGUGGGCAGUGAACGUACCCGGGGCACUCGGGACAAAGCGCAAAUUUCAACCACACAGCCAGCACAACCACAGAAACAAGUAGUACAGGCAACAGCAGAACAGAUUCGCCUUGCUCAGAUGAUCUACGAUAAGAACGAUGCAGAUUUUGAAGAUAAAGUAAAACAACUUAUGGAAGUGACGGGGAAAAACCAGGAUGAGUGCAUAGUGGCGCUACAUGACUGUAAUGGGGAUGUGAACAGAGCAAUCAACAUACUGCUGGAAGGAAGUUCAGACACGACUUCCUGGGAGACUGUAGGGGGAAAGAAGAAAAGCCUUGGAAAGGAAAGUUCAGAAAACAAAGAGAACAGAGAAAAGCGAGGGGACAGAGAAGUGAGUCGUGGACGGGGAAGCUCAAACAGACGGGGAAGAGGAGGCAGCCGUGGCCGAGAGUUAAGAGCUGAAGAAAAUGGAGUGGACAACAGUCAAGGAGACAGGCCUUCAGACCGUGGGAAGCGUGGCCGUGGGAGAGGGUUUGGACGUGGCAGAGGGAGAGGAGCGGGGAGGUUUUCAGCCCAAGGCAUGGGGUCUGGUGCUCUGAAAGGACAUGAUACUGGUUUCUCAUCAGUCAGCCACCUGCUGAGAAACCAUCAGCUGAGAGGGUCUUAUCAUUGUGCAUAUGAACUAAAGCUUUAUAAGACUGGGAGGAGUAGGACAUUUAAUCCUGCAGACUAUACGGAGUCUUCUGUCACUGAUGGCUUUGGGACAAAAUCAGAGAUUUGGCAGACUGGUCACAAUGAUGCAGAUGAUGGAACUGAGCCAACACAGAGUGGAUGUUACUUUGCUCAGGACCUGCCAAAUAAUUUUGGAUUCCAAGGAGCAUGGAAAAACUCAAUAGAAGAGUGGACAGCAGAAGAUUGGAAUGAAGAUCUUUCUGAAACGAAAGUGUUCACUGCUUCUUCUGUUCCAGUUGAGAAUCAUGUGACUCCUGGGCAGAGCAUCGAUUUGAUAACACUGCUUCAAAAGCCUGUGACCUCUUCUACCCAAGAUAUGGAAGGGAACUCAUUUGAGGCUCCACAGCAGCAGACCUUUGGCCAAGCCCUGGUCUUCACGAAUUCUCAGCACAGCACCCAGUUGGCAUCAGGAACUGGCAGCUCCAGUGCUGUAAACGCUUAUUCUCCUCAAAGUCUGUCUGCAGUUCUUUGUUCCGGCUUUGGAGAACUUGGAUCCUCUAAAUUGGCAAACUCUACUGGGUCGCAAAUCUUAGACCAGUUGAAAUCUCCGGGAUUGGGUCAGUUUACCUCUCAACAGAACAAUAGUAGCUCUACUGCCACUACCACAACUGCCACAUCAUCCUGGGAUUUAAAACCGCCCAUUAGUCAGUCCUCAGUCCUUAAUCAGUUUGACUUUAAAUCCCAGCCUGAACCAUCUCCAGUUCUGAGCCAGCUCACCCAGCGACAGCAACAGCAAACACAGGCAGUUCCUGUUCCUCCUCCUGGGCUGGAGUCCUCCUCCUCCCAGAUAAAACUCCGAGAGCCAUCACCUGUAAACACCUCUACAGCUGUUAGCAAAAUCUUACAGCUUCCUACUCUCUCUAUGGAUAACCAGGCAGUAACUACCCAUCAAACCCACCAGAAACAGAUAAAACCACAAAAACGGAGGAUGACUCCAGCAUCCAAGAUUCCUGCCUCUGCAGUUGAGAUGCCUGGAUCAGCGGAUGUGACAGGGUUAAAUGUCCAGUUUGGAGCUUUGGAGUUUGGAUCAGAGCCUGCACUCCCCGAGUUUGGAUCAACUUCAAGCAGUGAGAAUAACAGCCAGGCAACCAACAAUAGCUUGUAUUCAAAAUCUUUAAAGUAUGUUGAUCCUUUGAAUACCUCUUUGCCAAUAUCCAAUACAGUACAGGAGUCCACCUACACAACCUCCGUCAUCACCUCUUCCAGUCUGACCUGCUCAUCCCAGAGCACUACCCCAGUAACAACUUCCUCCUAUGACCAGACUUCUGUGCAUAGUAGGAUAGCGUACCAAAGCCCCAUGGCUCCGUCUGAAUCAACCCCUGUUGCAGUUACGAAUGGGCACAGUGGUGUUAGAACACAGGCUACUCUUGACACUACAUCAUCAGUUCCAGCGCCUAAGACAGAGCCUCCUCCCUCACUACCUUCUGCUGGUUCUCUGCCUAGUGUGGUAUCCACCACUGCCUCGCUUUUGCCUUCAGCAUCGCAGCACGUGGCGACAUUGCCCAGCUUGCCCCAGUCUGGUGAUUUGGCCAGCUGCUCACUUUCCCAGUUAAGCAGCUCCCUUUCCAAUCAUCAGAGCAGCCUCUCCCCUGCCUCAGUGUUGUCUUCAGGUGCAUCACAUGUGCACACUAGUGUUGAGAACACAAGCUCGCUCCAGCCUUCAACAACCUUUUCAACUGUUUCAACCUCAGCCACUAGCACCACCUCUUCAGUUGUCAGCAUGGCAAGCAGUAUGAACACUACAAACAGCCUUGGCCUGAGCGUUUCCAGUGUGUCCAUACCAACUGCUACUUCACGAGCAGCUCCCUUAGUGUCUUCAGGCAAAGCUCCCCCAAACCUGCCCCAAGGUGUACCACCCUUGUUGCAUAACCAGUAUAUUGUGGGACCUGGAGGACUUCUGCCUGCCUACCCACAGAUUUAUGGUUAUGAUGAUCUCCAGAUGCUUCAAUCCAGGCUGCCAAUGGAUUACUAUGGAAUUACAUUCCCUGCUCCAGCAACCUUGACAGGCAGAGAUGGGAGCCUUGCUAACAAUCCAUACUCAGGUGACGUAACAAAAUUUGGCCGUGGGGAUUCUGCCUCCCCUGCUCCGGCAACCACGCUUGCCCAGCCGCAGCAGAACCAGACACAGACUCACCACACGACUCAGCAGCCCUUCCUCAACCCGACCCUGCCCCCAGGGUACAGCUACACUGGGUUACCUUACUAUGCUGGUGUGCCCGGUGUACCCAGUGCAUUCCAGUAUGGGCCAACCAUGUUUGUACCUCCAGCAUCUGCAAAACAGCAUGGAGUCAACCUGAACACCGCGUCGACUCCUUUCCAGCAAGCGAGUGGCUAUGGGCAGCAUGGCUAUGGGGCAGGCUAUGAUGACUUAACGCAGGGAACGGCAGCUGGAGAUUACAGCAAAGGAGGCUACAGUGGGUCAUCUCAAGCACAAAACAAAUCUGCUGGCACUGGACCUGGGAAAGGUGUUUCAGUGACCUCAAGUAACACAGGUGUGCCUGAUAUCAGUGGCUCAGUCUAUAACAAGACUCAGACAUUUGACAAGCAGGGAUUCCAUGCUGGCACACCGCCUCCUUUCAGCCUGCCCUCUGCUCUUGGAUCGACUGGGCCCCUGAACCCUGGUGCUGCCCCGGGUUAUGCUCCAGCCCCGUUUCUCCAUAUCCUCCCUGCACAUCAGCAGCCUCAUUCCCAGUUGCUGCAUCACCAUCUUCAGCAAGACGGGCAGGGUGGAUCUGGCCAACGCAACCAACCCAGCACCAUGCAGCAAAAGUCUCAGGCUACCAAAACCGCCUAUGGCACUUCUCCGUACUGGACAAACUAAAUCCGACACUGGGGAGGAGGGAGAGAGUGGAAGGAGAGGAGGAGAAAAAGAAACAAAGAAAAAUGAAAGAAAAGAGAAAAAAGUCAAAAAAACGAAG